CCUCGUCCCAGAGAACUCAAUCAGAAGAUAUUUCAUUACAACACACGCCAGAAAUCUUUUUGAAUUUAUAUUUUAAUAUUUUCUUCUGAUUCACCCCGAAUGCAACGGAUUUCUUUCUGCUAGGCGACAUUCCUUUACAACAAACUUCUUCACAAUGCGAUUGACCGUCGAACUCAUUCAAAAUUCCCUCUCAUACAUUAAUCCGGUAAAGGAGCGAGAGCUAGAUCUUCGAGGCCAUAAGAUUCCUGCCAUUGAAAAUUUGGGUAUUGCAAAGGACCAAGAUGCGAUCGAUUUCACCGACAAUGACAUUUCCUCGCUCUCGAAUUUCCCAUUCUUCCCCCGUUUACGGACACUCCUACUUGCGCGCAACCGAGUGAAUCAGAUCCAGCCGACGCUCGCCUCAUCGAUACCGAAUUUGGAGACACUGGUGCUGACGGCGAACAACAUGGCCGAGCUGGCGGAUCUCGACCCGUUGCAAAACUUCGGCAGACUUACACAUGUCAUAUUGAUGGAAAAUCCGGUCACAAGGAAAGAGUACUAUCGCUACUGGGUCAUCUGGCGCAACCCGCAUAUCCGAUUCCUAGACUAUCAGAAAGUUAAAGAUGUCGAACGCGCAAAGGCGACGGAGCUUUUUGGCACAGUUGAAGAGCCCUCGGCACUAGCAUCGAAGAUCAUCGGUGUCAAGUCCCGAACUUUUGACGUGCCGUCUACUGGCGCGGGCGAUGCUACUGGACGGAGUGCUGGCGACAAGGCAAUCCGGGUUAAACUGACCGAAAAUGAAAGGAAACGCGUGGAGAAGAUGAUCCGUGAAGCGAAGAGUUUACAGGAAAUCGCUCGUUUAGAGAAGGAACUGAAUGAAGGGCGUGUUCCCGGUGGUGCUUUGGGGGGAUUGGAUGAUGACGAAGACCGAAUGCAGAUGUAACAGUACAACUAUUCUUGGCGGCUCAUUGAUUCUAUUGUUAUUUUCCUUUGCUUCUCACGGUUUUCAUCAAAAGUUGGGUAAUAGAGAGAUGGGCCCGAUAUGUCCUUUCUCAGGGGUUGAUACCGAUCGGUCUGUCGAGUUAGUCACAUGGAGAUGGCGUUGGGAGUUGACGUCCACCUAACUAUGAAUGCAUUUUAUUUCAAGCUUGAUUUUGAUACUGUCAAUUGUCAAGCACAACUGUAUAAGCACAUGUGAAUAUUGGUAACUAUAAGAUUGAACUUUUCACCCACAACACCACCAUCACGUGGAGUAUUAAAACC